AUGUUGGCUCGGGUGCAACAAAUAAGAUCCCCUGCUGAUUUAGUCGUCACUUUUCAGUGGUUCGUAACUUAUUCUAUUGUACAAACACAGCCCAAGAAGACACAGACGAUGAAGAACAAAAGGAGGGUGGUGCUGAUGAAAAACUACGAAUAUUAUUCGCAAAAAACGGUGGAAUCAAUAAAAACAAUGGUGCCGCCGCUUCCGUCCGAACUGUCAGUUCCGUCAUUACCGAGACGCUCCGCGAUCCGACGCUGUUUCAGAGUGUACGGCCCGUUCACCCUGUAUUACGGCUAUCCCGCCUGCACGGAGGACGACGACCUGAAAAUUUUACGUCUCAGAGUCGAUCCCGUAAUCAGGAUCCGGCCGGAAGUUAAACUCAAUUUGAAAUGGAAGGAAGAACAUUUGCAAUUGUAAUUAAAGUUUGUCCGCUUAGUUGUAUUUAUUUUUCUAAUCGUUAAUAGAACAUUUGAAAUUAA